CUCUCAUUCAAACAUUCAAUCCCCAAAUUCUCAAGCUUCCUCCAUAAGUAUCCAGUCCCAGAUCCCAAUUUCAUCACAGCAGCGCAGAAACCCAUAAUCAGUUCUUCAUUCCUUCAUCAAUUUCUCCGAUUAAAUCACUGAAAAUGCCUUCAAUGCCGGAGGAGCCGCUCCUGACACCGACGCCGGACAGGUUCUGCAUGUUUCCGAUCCAAUACCCACAGAUCUGGGAGAUGUACAAGAAGGCCGAGGCUUCAUUUUGGACUGCCGAGGAGGUCGAUCUGUCGCAGGAUGUUCGCGAUUGGGAGAUGACCCUGAACGAUGGUGAACGCCACUUCAUCACCCACGUGCUCGCGUUCUUCGCGGCCUCGGACGGUAUCGUGUUGGAGAACCUCGCUUCUCGGUUCAUGUCGGAUGUCCAGGUCUCGGAGGCGCGCGCCUUCUACGGCUUUCAGAUCGCGAUCGAGAAUAUCCACUCGGAGAUGUACAGUCUACUCCUCGAUACCUACAUCAAGGAUGCGAAAGAGAGAGACCACCUCUUUCGUGCCAUCGAGACCGUCCCUUGCGUCGCGAAGAAGGCGCAGUGGGCAAUGAAAUGGAUCGACGGGUCUCAAAGCUUCGCCGAGAGACUCAUCGCCUUCGCCUGCGUCGAAGGGAUCUUCUUCUCCGGCAGUUUCUGCGCGAUUUUUUGGCUAAAAAAGCGGGGGUUGAUGCCGGGAUUAACUUUCUCGAACGAAUUGAUCUCGCGAGACGAAGGCCUCCACUGCGAUUUCGCGUGUCUCCUAUACAGUCUCCUCAGGACCAAGCUGACCGAGGAGCGCGUCAAGUCAAUCGUCCGCGACGCCGUCGACAUCGAGAGAGAGUUCGUAUGCGACGCUCUGCCAUGCGCGUUGGUGGGGAUGAACCGUGACUUGAUGAGCCAAUACAUCGAGUUUGUGGCGGAUCGGCUGCUGGGUGCGCUUGGGUACGGUAAGGUGUACGGUGUGCCAAAUCCAUUUGAUUGGAUGGAGCUGAUAUCGCUACAGGGGAAGACCAACUUCUUCGAGAAGCGGGUCGGCGAGUAUCAGAAGGCUUCAGUCAUGUCGAGCUUGAACGGACACAGCGCCAUAGAGAAUCACGUCUUCAAGCUCGACGAGGAUUUUUAGAUUUGUAGAACCUCUUUUCCCUGUAAUAUUUCGUAUAUCUUGCUUUUCGACAAUGGAUCAUCCGAGUUUCAAUGAAGUUUAGGUUUUGAUUGUGAAACCAUGCUGCAUAA